AUGUCGACGUGGGGAGAAUACUUCCGAGUCACCACCUAUGGUGAAUCUCACUGCCGCUCCGUCGGCUGCAUCGUCGAUGGCUGCCCACCAGGCAUGGAGCUCACAGAACGCGAUAUUCAACCGCAAAUGACCCGCAGACGCCCAGGCCAGAGUGCCCUAACGACACCGCGGAAUGAGAAAGACAGGGUAGAGAUUCAAUCUGGAACGGAAUUUGGAGUAACACUGGGGACUCCCAUCGCCAUGAUAGUGCGCAAUGAGGACCAGAGACCCAAGGACUACGGAAACAGCACAAUGGAUCUGUAUCCUCGACCUAGCCAUGCGGAUUUUACCUAUCUCGAGAAAUAUGGAGUGAAGGCCAGUAGUGGCGGUGGCCGUAGCAGCGCUCGCGAAACAAUUGGUCGUGUCGCCGCCGGUACCAUUGCAGAGAAAUAUCUUCGCCUUGCCCAUAAUGUCGAGAUCGUGAGCUUCGUCUCAUCGGUCGGUAACGAGCACCUCUUCCCACCUACGCCUGAGCAUCCAACCGCAGCAACAAACCCGGAAUUCUUGAAACUCGUCGAAACGAUUGACCGGAAGACCGUCGACUCUUUCCUCCCAGUGCGCUGCCCGAACGAGGAGGCAAGCAACCGGAUGUCGAAAGUAAUCGAGACGUUCCGUGACAACAAAGACAGCAUUGGAGGCACAGUGACUUGUGUUAUCCGAAACGUCCCCGUUGGACUGGGCGAGCCUUGCUUCGAUAAGCUAGAGGCCAAGCUGGCGCAUGCAAUGCUGAGCAUCCCCGCGACCAAGGGAUUCGAAAUCGGGUCAGGAUUCGGCGGUUGUGAAGUACCAGGAUCCAUUCAUAACGACCCGUUCGUCGUUUCCGAAGUCGAAACGCGCUCUGGAAGCUCCACAGCCACCAAGCAGCGUCUGACCACCAAGACAAACAACUCCGGUGGCAUCCAAGGAGGUAUUUCGAACGGUGCAUCGAUCUAUUUCCGUGUCGCUUUCAAGCCCCCCGCGACGAUUGGUCAGGCCCAGACCACCGCCGCUUACGAUUUCGAGGAAGGUACCCUCGAGGCGAAGGGCCGCCACGACCCCUGUGUCGUCCCGCGUGCUGUCCCCAUCGUCGAGGCCAUGUCCGCCCUCGUCAUCAUGGAUGCAUUGAUGGCCCAGUACUCUCGAGAAAGCGCAAGGAGCCUGCUCCCACCGCUGCCCAAGACGAAUCCCGUUCGUCCUGCAAAUGCCGCAGCGCCUUCAUCUUGA